GAGAGAGAGAGAGAGAGAACUAUCUGUUCCAUCGAGUGCUGCAAUAGAACGCGGCUGUUAAGCGAGGCGGCUUUGCCACUUGUGAUCAACGCAGUGUGCACCUGUCGUGACAACCAGUUCUCACUCCCUCCCUUGCCCGCUUGCGUAUACAACCGGAGCAUUUUUAUUUUGCUAAACAUCGGUGACCGUAGUCCAGGGAGUAGCGGCGCAAUUGGGAAUUCAUCGCAUAGUGCCUCAGUCUUCACACACACAAAAAAAGCAAACACGAGGGCGGAACCUUUCAGAGGAUGAUCGUUCUGACGUCGACAUUGGUUUGCGUGGAUAGCGCUGCGGGCCAUAUGGAUUUGCUGUAAACACGUGCGGCGAUGUAAGGUGCUGACCUCGGGGAAGACGACGAACAAAUCCCCCCGUCGACAUGUCGUUUGGGAGCACGGUGGGCAUUCUUGACCUCUUUGAGAAGGAGGACCCCUUCUUCAAAGAUUCCGGCAGCCUGUUCACCAGCGAUCUCCCGGACGCCGGACUUUUGCCAGAACUUGAGAGUGAGAGCAUCGACUUUUGGACCAAGUAUCUGAUCGGUGACUCAGCCUUGCCCUCACUGCACGAUGACGUGCCCGACUCCGUGCCAGACCUCGUGUCUGCGAUCUUGCCAGCGUCGCCAUCCCAGGAGCACAGCUACAGCCUGUCUCCUGAUGGCAGCGUUGCCAGCUUGUUGUCGCCUCGGACGGGCCCGAGGUCCGAUAGCUCUGAAUUCUCCACGUUAGACGGCCAUCAGGAGGAAGCAAUGGAUUUUGAUGAUCCCUUGUAUGUUGAUGUCGUUGGUGUAGAAGAGUAUGACAACAGUUCUGUUUCACCAUCCUCCGUUGUGGAAGAAUGUGUAUCAACAACAUCACCUUUGGAUGACAUUGCUGCGGAUGUGAUUGUUGCUACUACGGAUGCGAAAGAUUGUGAGCAGGCAGUGAUUGUUGAAGGCACAGUUCUGCCCGACAUCUUGGAAGCCCCUGACAGCCCUGUGGCUCCCGAGAGCCCCUCUGCGAUGUCGUCAUGCAGUUCAACACACAGUUCCCCAAGUGCUGGAAGCCGAUCAAAUAAGAAGACAGAAGAGGUUUUACAGCUGACAGAGGAAGAGAAACGGCUUAUGCACAAAGAAGGCAUUGUCCUGCCGACAACAAUGCCCCUUACAAAGGCUGAGGAAAGGGAACUCAAAAAGAUUAGGAGAAAGAUUCGAAACAAGCAAUCAGCACAGGACAGCCGAAAAAGAAAGAAAGAAUAUGUCGAUGGAUUAGAAAGCAGAGUGAAGCAAUGCACAGCACAGAAUGCCCAGCUACAGAAGAAGGUAGAGAUUCUCGAGAAACAGAAUAACACUCUGCUUCUUCAGCUCAAGCGUCUUCAAGCAUUAGUUGCGAACUCUUCUGGUCGCAGCGCACAAACAAGCACUUGCGUCAUGGUUUUACUGCUCUCCUUUGCCCUGCUGCUGUUCCCCAACCUGCGUACAAACUCUGGGGACAACCUCGAUCUCAUAUUGAAGUCGGCGUCAGAGAAACUGGCCCCGAUUUCAGGGCGUUCUCGUUCCCUGCUGUAUGCUUCGGAGCCAACGAGAGACUUCCACCAGGAGUACAGCGAUGCCGCCAAGGCUGCUGCCCAGUACAUCGAGGAGGACAUCGAUGCCUCAGAUGAUGAGGGCGUCUCGAUGGCGUCGACGUCGCCUUCGUCACAGGCGUCCAAGUGGGCGCCGCCCUCAAGCAAGGGCCUAGGCUGGGGCUUAGACCUCAGCUUCAGCCUUCCCGGAGGCAAGCGUCAUUGGAUGGCAGUGUCCGAGGACACUGCCCAUCCCAUGGGCGCUGCCAUGACCAUGCCGCCGGACAAGAGGGCUCGGCUCGGAAACUACAGUGCGCUGCCGUCUCACAAUAACAGCCUGCACCACCAUCCAGUGGUGAUUCAGAUGCAGCGGCAGGCCUGAUGACCUGACCUAGAAUCUGUGCAUGCAUAAGUUCUUCUCAUUGCUCUUUGGUCAGCUGAUCAUCUGCCUCUCACAUUUUCUUUUUCUUUCUUUUCAUUUUAUGGCUGGUAAGUGGAAAACUUUUUUUUUAGACUGUGUACCUCUUCUUUCUUUUCUCUCUCUCUCUUUAAUUUUACCCAUUAUCAGUCAUUACUUUGUCUUUUCCUACUCUACCAUACAUUGACUAGUAAAAGUCUAGUGUUGACUUCUUUUGAAUCAGUAAAAGAAAAAGAAUAUUGGGCAGAGCUGCUCAGUGAUUGAGAGAGACACUGUGCGUACAAGGCAAGGCUGCUUUUAUGGACUUGCCACAAAUACCAGGAUCAUUGCCAAUCAGCUUUGUAUAAAAUUGCCCCAUUGCACCUUUUUCUCUCCUCACCCUGCUGAAUUUUCUUUUUGCCUUCUACUUUCACAAGAAGAAGAGCGUCACAUUUCCCUUCUUCUUGACCUUUCUCCCCCCACCAGGAGAGGUGUCUGGUUAUUAAGAUAAUUCUUCUGUUGUGUUCAUUUCAUUUACAAGUUUUUUAUUAUUCUCAUUUUUUUCUGCCACUGUGCAUGUUGUAUCAGACAGUACUAACUGACAAGUUACGAUCCAGACUGCUAAAGUAGGAAGUGUUGUUUGGCUUCAAGUCUGGAGGCUAGGUAAAAGCUGUUAUACAGUAGCAAUGCAUCUGGCCUCUCUAACCUAAGCAAGGAGUGGAGUGUUCUAGUGGAAAGAACUUUUUUUUUACAUUUCCAAGUUGAUGCCUUGGUUGGCACAUGCUCACGGGUGUCCCAGGCAUCUCUUGAUUUUAGCAUCGGUCCCAUCGUGUCAUUCGUCGCAUACCGCUUGCUACUGUUUUGUGAUGUCUGCUAAGAUCCAAAGAGACCCCACUUCCUUUCUUCUCCCCUCUUUUUUUUUUUUUUCCCUGGUAAAUGUAACUUGCAAUCAUUCCUCUCUCUCGUUUGUACGCUAUCAUCUUCAUUUGCGGACCACGCAGCUUUAGUAGUGCGUGUGCGCUAUGUUGUCACUGACGUGCAGGGCUCUUUGCGCUGACCUGUCUUUCUUUUUUCUUGUCUGUUCUGCAGAUGGCUGUGUUCUUUACAACAGCCGCAAUAUAUUUACAAAAAACAUAUUGCUUAUAUACAUGUAUUUUUGUCACACGUCGUUUGUCAUUGUUAGCGGGGUGCUUGACUAACCUCUCUGUACACCUCCCCUUUACCCGGUGUGUGGUGGUCCCCCCUUUUUUUUUUACUUUGAUUGUCUCCCCUUAGAGUGGAUGAUGACUUGAUUAUUAUUGGCAUGAAUGAUUCAUAGAGAAUGCAUAGACACCACAUUGGCAUUGUAUAGGUGUUUGAAAUAAAGCCUCCAUGAAAUUGUGA